AGAGGCCGUCGCCGGCGGCGGCGGCGAGAGGAUGGCGACGCGAGGGCGUGCGUGCGUGCGUGCCGCCCACAUCACGCCGGCGGCGUGGCGUUGGACUGAUCGGCUGGGGUGGGGUGGGGGGCGGCGGAUCCGUGACUUGGUUUACGCGGGCACGCGCGGCGACCUGCAGACCCCAGUAGUGCCCAUCGCCAUUCCUCUGCAGGCGGAUCUCGUUUACCUCGUGAGGGAGAGAAAAGCUGAUAAAAAUGUGGCGCUCCGCGCUUCGGUUCAGAAACAACCACAGAUUGUGUACAAAGUUCAGAUACUUCUACUAGAUCGUCAACUCUGAACAACGUGGUUAAUUUCUACAGUACCACAUUGGAUGUACUUGAUGGUGGUAUUAACACUGCACAUGUUGGAGUUGCUGCGAGCCUGAUGAUAAACUAACACGAGUGGCAUUUCUUCUGGCACUUGUGAGCGGGAUUCCUUAGCUAGUCGUACUGCUGCUCCCUGCUGUUCUCGCCGUGCUAGAUUGGAUGCAUAUGCAGCAAUAUCUUAUCACGGUAUUCGUCUUGACCCUCUGAAUUUCUGUCCAUAAGAUUAUAAUAGUGGACUAUGCUGUACCUACCUUUCAAUUGAUUUGUCCCUUAGUUAACUCAUGUGUUUAUAUCAGUAUAUCAGCUAACCUGAUAUUAGACAUCCUAAACAUCUGAACAUGAAAAACUAAACGCUUGGCAAAUCUUCCCACGCUUACCUCUAUUAGUAUGGCCGGCGGACAGCUCAGCCUGAACUAGAAGAAGUUGUUGUUUUGCGUGUUUGUUCUUCUUCUUGUUUGAAGGUUCUUGAGCUACAUCCAUUAAUAUGUCACCAAAAAGGUAGUAGCAAUGGUCCAUACUCCAUCCUCCUCAUCUUUUCAUAUGAACACUUUAUGUUACAGAUAAUUUAAGCAUGAAAGAGGGCUCCUCUCCAACUCCCACAUGGAAUAUGAUAAGCCUGUGACUGUGAGCACCAGUAAAACUCCAAAGCCCAUUUCUUAGGGAGAAGACAAUACCAAAGCCUUGAGUGGCCUAAGCCAUAUCAAAUUGCCAAUAUGACAGCCCUGGCAUAAUAGGUUUUUGGAGCGAUGGAGCCACUGCAAUUGCACCAGCUCCUGACAGAGCACACAUGCCUGAACAAAUGUCACGACCUCUCUCUCUCUCUCUCUCUCUCUGAUUAGUUAAUUGAAUACAUUGUAAGGGCCAUGUGUCCUGAUGUCCUCUCAACUCUCUAAGCUUGUUUUUCAGCACAGGAUUUUCAACAGUACUAUAGCCAUAGAAUGUCUGGAUAGUAUAGGGACUAGGGAGCAAAAAGAAGGGGAAAACUUUUAACAGUGCUUGUAACAGCUACAAGUUCAUCUUUCAUCCUGCAAAAGUUGGUCGUUGCCUAGCCACAGAAUUUUUACUGCACUUUGACAAAUAUGCACAGCAUGAACUGGAGUAAUACUACAGGAUAAGGGUGCAUAGCUACAGUUUGUUGCGUGCUCUGAUGUCAAGUUGGUGACAUGUUGCCAAUCAAUUCCAGCCAGGCGCACUAGCAAUCUUAGCAUCCAGAUGCUGAAUCAUCUCCUUGAGCAGUGCAAACACUCAAUCCAUAGUGGCCAUGAACAAGAUCUCUCUGUUCCUCUGUUUUUUUCCUCUCUUUUUUUCUUUAUUUUCAUAUGAGAUCUCUCUGUUUUAGAAUAGAACAAGGGGACGUUUUUGUUUGUUUGCUCUCGUGCCUUUGGAAGGCAGGGGUGCUUUUUUUUCCCUUUCAUUCUUUGAACUGCAUGCAGAGCCCAUCAGCCCAGCAUUGAAGAGUGAAGAGUUCAGAGAACCUGUUGCCUACCCAGACCAAAACUUGCUUUUGUUUUCUUCUCAGGGAUCAUGAGGUGUUCCUCCAUAUCUCUCCACAGGACACAUGCACUCAAGCAAUGUGGUACUACUAGUCUACUACACUGUGAGCUUGUGAGCUGUGACUGUAUCUGCCUUGAGGUCCCAAGUAACUGAACUGAGGCAGCAACCAAGCAACCAAAUCUUCCCAAUUCUCACUUGCUCCUAGAUACUAUUAAACUCCAUUCUCUGCAGUGCCAUUGCCUCCAUUUCUCUCUCUCUCCCUCCCUUUCUCUUUCUCUCUCGAGCCAUGAAUGAGCUCUGCGACCUCAAGGUGCACAUCAAUGGCCAUCACACGCUUCUUCUUCAUCAGAGCGUCAUGUGUGCGUUCUCGGGGAGGUUGAGGACAAUGGUGACGCAGGAGAAGAAGAAGAGGAAGACGAGCCGGGCGGAGAGCCUGUCCGUCAAGCUCGCCGACUUCCCCGGCGGCGGCGAGGGGUUCGAGCUCGUGGCCAGGUUCUGCUACAACAAUGGCCGCGUCCCGCUCUGCCCGUCCAACCUCCCGCUCCUGCACUGCGCCGCCGUGUUCUUGGAGAUGACCGAGGAGGUGUGCACCUGCAACCUCCUGACCCAAGCAGAGGCAUUCGUGGACGGCCUCUACUACUGGACAUGGGCCGACGUCCUCGCCGCCGUCAAGAGCUGCGAGCCAUUCGCCGCGGCGGCCGACGCCUCCGGCCUCCUCGAGAGGCUCAUCUCCGCGCUGUUCUCCAAGAUCACCGCCAAUCCGGAGACGCCCGUCGCCGCGGGGGCAGUCGGGACGCCGAACCGCUCGUCGUCGUCGUGCUCGUCGUCGCCGGACACGCUCGGGUUCGGCCGGUCGUCGUCCACCAAGACGCCCGAGUCGAUGAAGCCGUGCUUCGCCAGGGAGUGGUGGUUCGACGACAUGACGUCGCUGUGCCCGCAGACCAUCGAGAAGGCGAUGAGGGUGCUCGGCUGCUACGGCAUCGAGAACAAGAACCUGAUCCUGACGCGGUUCCUGCUGCACUACCUCCGCGCCGCCACGCGCAGGCCGGCGCUGUGCAGGGAGGGCGGCGGCGGACUCGCCGGACUCGCCGACACGGCCGUGCACGGCGUGGCGCUCGUCGGCGGCACCGCGUUCUCGUGCCGGGGCCUCUUCUGGGUGCUCCGGAUCGUGUCGGCCGUGGGGCUGAGCAAGGAGUGCAGGCACAAACUGGAGAGGCUCAUGGGGCUGAUGCUGGACCAGGCCACGCUCGACGACCUCCUCGUCUCCGGCGACGACGGUGGCGUGUACGACGUGAACCUGGUCAUGCGGCUGGUCAGGGUGUUCGUCGGCUCCGAGGAGGAGGCCGACUUGCCGUCGCAGAGGAUGAGGAAGGUUGGAAGGCUGGUCGACAAGUACCUCGGUGAGAUCUCGCCGGACCAUGGCCUGAGGGUGUCCAAGUUCCUCGCCGUCGCCGAGAGCCUGCCGGACUCGGCUCGGGAAUGCUACGACGGCGUGUACAGGGCAUUGGAUAUCUACCUUGAGUCUCACCCGACGCUGACCAUCGAGGAGCGGACGACGCUAUGCCGGUGCCUCAACUACGAGAAGCUGACGCUGGAGGCGUGCAAGGACCUGGCCAAGAACCGGAGGAUCCCGCCGGGGAUCGCCGUGCAGGCGCUAGCCUCGCAGCAGUCCAAGCUCCAGAUCAGACCCGCCGCCGCCGCGGCGAAGGGCACCGGCGGCUGCAGGCCUGACCCGUCGCAGACGCCGAGGAAGAUCAUCGUCAGCGGCAGCCGCGCCCGGAGCGUGGACCUGGACGCCAUGGACGAGAAGGAGCUGCUCAAGCUGAACCUGCAGAAGAUGCAGAAUCGGGUGGUGGAGCUGGAGAGAGCGUGCAAGGAGAUGCGAGGGCAGAUGUCCAAGAUGGCCAAGGGCGGCAGGCCGUCGUCGUCGUUCGGCGCCGCCGCCUGCCAUCAAACCGGCGGUAGAGGCUUGCCUAGGCUGUGCUAAUGAUGGAUCAAGCAGUAAUACGUCUUCUUCUUCUUUGAAUUCUUCUUUUUGUUGGUCAAGAUUUGCCACCACAUCACAUAGGGGCAUUUAACUACAUAGCUCGCCUUAAUUUUUCACCUGUAAAUUAAGUUGAUGAUCUACUGCAUUGAUUGGGCUCUCCCUUUUGUUUUUUCGUUUUGUGUCUUGCGUUGGCGGUGUGAGUAAGAUAGAUGAAGAUGAGCAAGAUUGACAGGGGAUGUAAAUUUCUUUUUUCACCAUUGUCCCUUUGCUGCAUGCUUUCUUUCUUCUGUUCUUUUGCUGUAACUUUAAGGUGAUUUGGUCCAUAAUUACAGUGCAGCUUUUGGACGUACUA